UACUUACAAUUAUUUAGUUUAAUGUUUUGGUUCGUUUCAACUAAACAGGAGAGCUUGUGUUUAGUUCAGGUUAUUAUAAAGAAAUUGUCUUUGAUCUAAUCCUAAAUUUAACCCAAAUUGAUUUAACCCUUUAUUCUAAUGAUCACUUCCGGUUAGCCUAGCCGUUAGCUUCGCCCAGCCACCCCGGGAAGAAUCAGCUGUUUUCCGGCUCCAGCAUGGAGGACAUGUACGUCAAACCCGGCAACCAGGAGCGGGGCUGGAACGACCCCCCCCAGUUUUCGUAUGGGCUUCAGAUGGCCCGCGGACCUCAGAGGAACCCCUUGAAUAAGAGAGCCGCUCCACCAACGAGCUCAGGUGCAGAAGCCCUGCCCGCAGCCACUCCUUCCUGCAACCCCAUGGCCCCGCCCAUGUGUGGAAUAGCCCCGCCUCCUCUCCCAGCUCGACUUCCACCUGACGGCAUGGCCACGCCUCUCACUCGAACGGGACAAAUGAGAGUUCAGAGAGAGGCAGACAGCAGCCAAUCAGAGCCUGAUAUGGAGACUGUGAUGUCGGUGCUGAACCGAGCGCUGGAUGCAUGUAGGAGCUCUGUUAAAGGUCCGGUGUGUAAUGAAGUAGCCAAGAGGCUCCGCCUGCUGGAGGACAGUUGGAGGUGCGGUAAACUGAGCCUACCUGUGACCAGACGCAUGGACACCCUGACCCAAGAGCUGCAGGCAGGUAACUGGGAUUCAGCUGACGAGAUCCACCGCUCCCUCAUGGUGGAUCAUGUGACCGAGGUCAGCCAGUGGAUGGUUGGCGUUAAGCGGCUCAUCGCUGAAACCAGAGACCUGAGUCCAGAACUCCUGAAGCCAUUUCAGAGUUCAGCAAGACCGGAGUCCGCUGAACCUGUUGGGGACUCAGACCCAGAGCAGGAGCUGGAACCAGAACCAGAGCCAGCAGGAAGGGCCCCUCAGCCUGAACAAAGACUCCAGGCCCCAGGGUCCCAGUCCUGAGUGUCCCUGCUGUCUGGUCACUAAUUGAAUCUGUAAUUAAAGUUAAUUGAUGUCAGGC